CCCGUACAAAAUAGCGGAGCCUGCGCCAGCAGCGCUAGACCGAGGAGACGGCACCUGGGAUACAAUUAGGGGCAUCUAAUCUACCAACUUUCGGCCUGGCCCGGGCCAGAAGCCUUACAGCCUAAAACUUUUCAUCUAAUGAUGGCCAGCCUUUCCUGGGACCGAGCUUUUGAGGACGAUAUUUGACCUUUAUAAAGAAGACGAUACACAACAUACUUAACAGGUAGUCAGCGCGGAACUCGACAGUAGAGACAAGUCCUGAACUUUCAACGAUACAACUUUUGACGUCCGCAAAGAUUUCCCCAUAGCGGCCACCUUUUAACAGCAAUUUAAACGCCUCAUAUUGGAUGCUAUAAUAAGGGGCGGCUGCCGUGGUUUGCAUGGCGUGACUAGCCGCCCCAUCAGCUUCAGCGCUGACCUUUCUAAAGCGUCAUGGCGUCUCCUGUGGACCAAAAGCAGAAAGAGGAUGCAUUGCUUGAGAAGGCAGCCGCUCUCAAGGCACAAUGGAAGUUCCUGGCGACGGCCUUCAAUUUUCCUUGCGAGGAGCCAAAGAGGUCAGCGACCCACUGGGACUACUUGCUGCGAGAAGGCCAGUGGCUCGCCGAGGACUUCAUGCAGGAGCGGCUGUGGAGACUUGCGGCUGCUAUGCGGAUUGCGCACGACGCGGCGAAGUUUGAUCGCUCAAAGCUAAGGCAUGUCCAAACAAAGGUCACCCUGGAAUGCGCGCCCGAGGAGCUCGGCCGGGUCAAGGGGGGCAUGCCGGAUACGGGCGACUGGGGCAAGGCACUGGCGAACGGAGGGCCAGAUUCCGGCCCCACCGCUCCCGCCACGCCUGACCGCGAGGCCGAGCUGCCCCUCGCGGAGCACCUCACGUUCACGGUGCUCACCAGUCCGGAGGAGCUCAUGGAGGAGGUGGUGCGGCAGCUUGAGGAGGAGGAUGUGGCACGUCUGGCGUCCCACUCGGAGCUGAUGGCGGACUACGAGGCAGCAUACGAGGCAGCGGCUUACGCGCGGUCAGCCAACGAGCCGCUACUGGACGGGGCCAACGGGGAUGACCUGCAGGUCAGCCGCAAGCCGCUGGGCUUCCGCAAAGCCCCGGGCGCCCGUCCUCGCUCGGUGCUGCUGUCGCAUGACGACACGGACUCCCUGGGAGAGCCCAGUCCGGCGCCGGGACACCACUUGCGGCCGGGAGCAGCGGCAGCUGCAGCGCGGCGGGCUGGGAGUGCGGCUGCACACCGGCCGGCAGUUGAUGCCGGCGACGACGGACUGCCGGGCAAGCGCAAGAGGAAGCCGCGGGACAUGGAGGAUGAGGACGCGCCGGUCAUGGGCCCGGGCACAAAGAAUCUCAAGCUCAAGACGGCUGCUGGUAUCAAGGACGACAAGAGCAAGAAGCUCAAGAGCCCCACCAAGCCCCCCAGCGGCGCGCACCCCGGCGGCCCCCACCCGGGAGCUCCGGGCGCACUGCCGGGGCUGCCCAAGGGCGCCCCCCUGGGCGGCCCCCGGCAGCACCCCUUCAUCCGGGACCCCAGGAACAUCCAGGAGGGCGGCAUGCGGGGACUGCCCUGGUCCGGCAGCGACGACCAGGUGCUGGCCGCUAUCGUCACGGAGUUCACUCAGAACUGGCUGCUGGUGGCGGACGUGAUGCGGUCAGCGAACAGCAUGCAGGGCGUGUACCGGCGGCCUGAGACGUGCAAGUACCGGUACGCCAUGCUGGUGAAGGCGUGGCAGGCGGAGAACGACGAGAUUACGGUGGAGCAGAUACCCAUGGUGCCGCAGGCAAUCAUGCCCAAACAGCAGGCCAAGGAGGUCCUGUACCAGGUGCUUCCCGUGUCGGAGACCACCCUCCGGCGGCACCAGGAGUCGGUUGCGGCGCUGCACAUCCGCUACCGCACCAAGCGCUACACGGAGCGGCAGCAGCAGCGCGAGAUGUACAAGGUCCGCCACGAGCAGCACCAGAGCCACAUGAUGGUGGCCAGCAACGUGCUGCAGAUGAACGGCGGCCGCAUGCUCAACCCGCUCGAGCUAGGCCUGGAGAUGCCCAUGUUGCAGAGCAUGCAGGGCGGUGCGAGCAUGGCCAACACUGCCAGCAUGGGUCCGCAGCAGCCGCAACUGCAACAGCCGCCCCUGCAGCCGCCGCAACCUCAGCAGCAGCCCCAGCACCUUCCAGGCCAGCCGCCACAGCAGCUGCAGCCUGCUGCUCCCGGAAUGCUUGCGCCGCCGCAACAGCCGCAGCAGCAGCUGCAGCCUCCUAGCUUGCCGGAUGGCAUGCAAGGCGGUGCAGCUAUGGCGGGCAUGCAGCCCCAGCCGGGCAUGUCGGGCAUGUCGUCGGGGGUGUUGCCGCCCGGCAUGGGGCAGGCAGCGCCCGGGAUGCCGGGCAUGCAGCCGCUUGCGCCGCCGGGGCAACAGCCGCAGCAGUUGCAGCCCGGUGCCAUGCACCCAUCGCAACUGGCCGCUAUGCAGCAGCAGCCAGGCAUGGCGCAGAACGCCGCCUUGGCCCAGCAGAACGCGCGGAUGCAGAGCGCUAUGAUGCAGCAACAGCAGCAACAGGCGUUCCAGCAACAGCAGCAGCAGCAACAACAGCAGGCCUUACAGCAGCAGCAACAAGCUUUGCAGCAGCAACAGGCCAUGCAACAGCAGCAUCAGCAACAAGCAAUGCAGCAACAGCAGGCCAUGCAGCAACAACAGCAACAGGCCAUGCAACAGCAGCAGCAACAAGCUAUGCAGCAGCAACAGCAAGCCCUACACCAGCAGCAGCAGCAACAACAGGCCCUACAGCAACAACAACAACAACAGCAGGUUGCUGGCACAUCAUCACAGGGGCACCCGCCGAACCUUAGCAUGGCCCCAGGGGCACCUCCGGCCUCUCAAGGCCAGCAACAGCAACCCAACUCUGCACAGAUGGCUGCAGCACUACAGCAGCAGCAACAACAGCAAGGUCGGGUGCCAACUCCUCCCCUUCAGUCCAUGCCGUCGCUGGGCUCGCAACAGAUACGCCCGCCAAACCCUGGGAUGUUGACAAGCCAGCAGCAGCAAGCGCUGUUGCAGUCACAGAUGAUGAAGCAAAAGAUGCUGCAGCAGCAACAGGCCAUGCAGCAGCAGCAGCAACAACAACAGAUGCAAGCGCAGCAGCAACAGCAACUCGGCAUGGCUCCUGGCGUGCCGGGUGCAGUCGGCGGUCAACCUGGAACACCGCAGCUUGCAGCGGCGGCAGCAGCGGCAGCCGCAGCACAGCAAGCCUUGCAGCAGCAACAGCAAGCGGCAAACGCCAUGCAGCAAAUGCAGCCAGGUGCACCGCAGCAGCAGCAGCCGCCAGGGUCAGCAGGCGGCCCGGGGGCUCAGCAGCAGCUGCAGCAGCCAGGGCAAUUGCAGCCAGGGCAGCAGUUGCAGCUCCCGCAACCGCAGUCCAUGCAACCAGGCCCGCCUCCUGGAGGGCAGCAGUCCAUGCCUCCUGGAGCUCCCCAGACCCAGCUGCAGCCGGGCAUGGCGGGAGUUCCAGGGCAGUUGAACAAGCCAUCCACGCCCAACCCGCUGACGAUGCCCGGCGCCGCACCGGGCACUGCGCCUCCUGGCGCUGUUCCUCCCUCGGCACCUGGCGUCGCCCUGCAGCGGCCGCCUGCACACCCCUCGCAGCUGCAGAUGCAAGCGGCGUUGGCUGCGGGGCGGCUGCCCAACAUGCUGGGCCCUAUGCCCGGUGGUCUGCCAUCCACGGCCGCGAUGAACAGCGCGCUUGCGGCUCAGAUGCAGAAGGCGGGCCUGCCGCCGGGCAUGAUGCAGAACGCGGCCAGUCUGCAGGCCCUGCAAAAGAUGCAGCAGCAGAUGCAAGCGGCAGGUGCCGCGGCGGCGGCUGCAGGCGGCGCGGGGCGGUCGCCCAUGAUGCCCGGUGGGCUCCCGACACCAAACCCAGGCAUGCAACCCGGCAUACUUCCCGGCCAGCCCGGGGCCCUUCCGGGGCAGCUGCCUCCCGGGCAGCAGGGCUUGCCCGGGCAGAUGUCAGGGCAGCUGUCAGGGCAGAUGUCUGGCCAGUUGCCUGGGCAGCCGGGUCUGCCACAGCAGGCUGUGCAGCACGGGCAGCCAGGCGGCAUGCCGGGAGCAGGGCAGCUCCCAGGGCUACCCGGGGGCAUGGGGGCGCUUCCAGGCACACUGCCGUCUACACUGCAGCAGCAGCAGGCGGCGCUGGCCAUGCAGCAAAGCAUGGUAGCGCUUCAGCAGCAGCAGCAGGCGGCCGCGGCGGCGGCAGCUGGGCAACAGGCGUCCAUGAAUGGGCAGGCGGGCAAGUGGCCGACGGGUCUGACACCUCAGGCAAAUGCCAUGGCUGCAAUGCAACAGCAACUGCAGCAGCAACAACAGCAGGGGCAUCUCCACCCGCAAGGUCCCCAUGCGGUUUCCGGUCAGCCGCAGGCCCCCGGGGCUCCGGGCUCCAUGCCGAUAGCUGCGCAGCAGCAGCAACAAGCUGCGGUUGCGGCCGCCGCGGCGGCAGCGGCAGCAGCACAGGGGCAUCCCAACCCGCAGCACGCGGCCAUGGUGGCCCAACAUGCCCACCUGCAGCAGCAACAACAGCAACAGCAAGCGGCUGCAUUGGCGCAGUUCCAAGCGCAACAGCAAGCGGCUGCCGCAGCAGCGGCGGCAGCUGGUGGCGCCCCAGGCCAACCGGGCGGUACACCUGUCUUACCAGGCCAAGCGCCGCCUUCCGGACUAGCAAAUCCAGCUCUGAACCCCAACCUCGCAGCCUACAUGGGGCAAAACCCGCUUUUAGGUAUGGCGGGCCGACCAGGCAUGCCCCAGAUGCCGGGUGGGCUACAACAGCAGCUAGGCAUGCCGCCUGGGACGCAGCCAGGCGGCCUGCCGCCUAACCUGCAAGCCGCAGCGGCGUUGCAGGCGGCUGCAGCGGCGGCAGCUGCUGCGGCGGCGGCGCAGCAGCACUCGCAGACCGGCAGUGGCUCUUCGGCGCCAAGCGGAGGGAUGGCCCCGGGGUUAGCGAUGCAGCCUGGAAUGGCACCCGGCCCGCAGGCGCAGCAGCCAGGAACGGGAACGCCGCAGACGGGGUGAUGAGCUGUGUCAGCGCAUGCAUGGGUGAUGCUUGAUGGGUGUAGAGAGUUGGGGGAAUGGCCUGGGUCGCGGCUGGUUAAGCGAGGGCGUAGUGAUUGGGUGAAUGACAGGAGCAGGGGCGGACCGGCUGGGAGGUGUAGUAAUGGUUCUGAUGGGGGGAGCCAAGCGCGUCAUUUGCCAAGCGUGUAGGGGGCUGGCAAGGCGGAUAGAGGCUCGCGAGCGGGGUGGUGGCAUGAGAGGGACGACGGCUAAGCGGAAGUGCACCCGAGGGCUCUUCUACGGGAUGCUUCGAGGACCUACCCUACCGUACACACUCGUGAACGGAGCCUGGCGAUGAAAUGUGGACGGGCAUUGUGCCAUUUAACGAACGGACUGACGCACCCUAGGGUGCUUGCAGAUGUGCCCGCUUCUGGCUCCCAAGGCUUCAGCCACGUGUGCCUAAUCUGUUAGGGCUAGUGGUGGGUCCUCGUUUGGUUUCGCUCACUACAGCCAGCCUGGGUACAUAAGGGACGGAGCGGGCCAUGCAUUACAUGGACAGCGUCACUGAUGGUGGGCGGGCCAUUGGCCCGUAGCAUGCACGUUAUGCCAGCGUUGCGGAGGCUGCUCCAUACACAACGCGAGUGACGGAGUGGGAAUUGGGAGGUUGCGCGGAUCUCACCAGCACGGAGCUAGUGGCGCCCGCGCCAUUGCUGCGGAUGGCCUUACCACCCCCGUGUAAGCACAUGAAGGAG